UGAAUAAAUCCAAGCCGGCGUAGUGAUUGGUCGUGAGCUGGAGAAAGUCGAGUUACUUGGCUAUUCAUCCCUUUCAAUUUCACCCCUGCGCGCUAUGCCGUGGUAAAACCCUCUCUGCCUGUCCAUCCGUCCCGGCCAGUAGUGCGUGGACUGCAAAUCGUUUUUCCUUUCUUUGGCAGGGACGUGCAUCACUUCUGAAAACGUCGGUCGACAUAGACGUUUCUUGGUAAUUUGGCCUCUUUCUCAUCUUGUUCGGUUUCAUUUUCCAAUUUGUUACACUUUCUAUUCGAGGAUUCUGAAAGGAGUCGUAGGAUAUUGUCAAACACUGGGCGUAGCUGGAGAUCAAGCUAUAGCUAGCUAGCUACACUGCAUUGGCUCUUCAUCCUCCAUUGCUGACGCCUAUUGUUCUGUGCGGCCAAGUGGUCUCUAGUGAGAACGGCUUCGUUCUCUGCCCCAGAUCAGACUCCACCAUCGCCUGAGUGCACUCACCAUCUUCAGUCUCAAGCUCUCCAGCCCUCCUCUGCAGAGACGGACAGCCAGGACUGAGGGGAGAUGAAACCAGAUGGGGUUGCCACGGCAGCGAUGGAGCCAAUGGAAGCACUGGAAGCUGAUCCGGUAAACGAGCCCGUUGUGAUGGGGGAGGAGCCUAACCAGGCGGUGCCAGCACCUCAGAUGGAGGGAGUUGGCCAGCAGGGAGAGAUGGGGCAGGGCGAGCCUCAUCCAGAGCCAGCCCAGGAGGCCCCCACCAAGACGGGGAACAGCAAGUCUGCAGCAGACUCCAAAGCCAAGACCAAGGCCCCUGCUGCUAAGACGAAGCCUGGGACCACCGCCACAAUUAAGACCACGACCGGACCAGGGUCUCGACCCAACACCGCCCAGAGCCGCCUGACCAAUGGGGUUUCCAAGCCCCAUGCCAACGGAGUAGCCAAGAAGACCACCACUGGGGCCCCAGAGAAGACCACGCCCAAGAGGCCCGUAGGCACAGCCGGCGCCCCCACCACUAAGACCACCACCAAAGUGGGUGAGAAGAAGCCUGCGGGCACCACCCGCCCCACCUCGGCUCCCGCUGCCACCAACGGGGUGAAGGCCACCACAGGAACAGCAGCAAAGAAGACACCUGCGGCGCCAACUAAUGGUGUCAAAACCACCACCACCGCUGCUAAGAAGCCCACAGCUCCCCGGCCUGUCUCUGCAGAUACCACUAAGCCCAGCACUGCCGCCGCUCCCAAGCCUGAUAGGCCUCCUGUUUCCAAGACAACCAGGCCUGCCACUGGUGCUCCAGGAUCUCGCCCUGCCUCUGCUGCAGCCAGGCCAGCCACAGCCAGCACAGCCAAGAGCUCCACAUCCACAGCCAAGCCUGGCGCCACCACGGCUAAAACCACCUCCACCACCCCCAGACCAGCCUCUGCCAAAGCCGGCUCUACAACACCCACUGCUGGACGGACCCCAACAUCACAGCCCUCAAAAACCACAACUCCCAUCAAGAAAGAUGUUACCAAAUCAGCUGCUGCAGCCACCAAGAAGCCUGCAGCGGCUCCUCUCACUCGCGCCUCACCAGCCAAGACCACCAAACCUGAGACUCCCAAAUCAGCCUCCACAUCCAAGCCAGACUCCACCCCCAAGAAGCCGGCUGCCAGCAGCAAGGCCGCAGACACCAAGAAGACACCAAGCAAGCCCACGCCUUCAAAGGAUGUCAGUGCUGGUCCCAAGACCCCUGGCACCAAGCCAGCAGGGAAGGCUUCCACCCCUAAGAAGACUGUGGGCAGCAACACCCCCAUGGCAGUGAAGCGUGGCCCCAAGCCCACAACGGCGGCAGAGCCCGCAGGUGAGACGCAGGACGCCGCUGUGGCUGUGGCUGUCGCCAUAGCUGCAGCUGCCUCGGCUGCUGUGGUUUCCAUGGCAACAUCGGAAGAAGCAGUGGUGGCUGCAGUCCCAGAGGAGAAGGAGACUGUGCCCCCUCAGGCCAGCCAGCCAGAGGAAGCCCCAGAGGAGAAGGAGACUGUGCCCCCUCAGGCCAGCCAGCCAGAGGAAGCCCCAGAGGAGAAGGAGACUGUGCCCCCUCAGGCCAGCCAGCCAGAGGAAGCCCCAGAGGAGAAGGAGACUGUGCCCCCUCAGGCCAGCCAGCCAGAGGAAGCCCCAGAGACCUUUAUCCCUCAGCUGUCAGCUCAGCUGGACCUGGUCCACUUGGAAGAGCCAGCAGACACAGUGUCUCCUCUGGGCACCACAGUAAUGUCCCCUCCAUGCUCCCCCACCGAGCCCAUGUCCCCAGUCAGGGAGCCCCAGAAUGCCUCUGCUCUGCUGGACAUGCACGUCCAGCCAGAACCCUGGUCCCAGAGCCAGUCUGCCAUGGCGCCACAGAGCCCAAUCCAGGAGGAGGUGAGCUUCCAGCCAGACCCCUGGGCCCAGAACCAGUCUGCCAUGGCUCCUCAGAGCCCAGUCCAGGAGGAAGUGAGAUUCCAGCCAGACCCCUGUGCCCAGAACCAGUCUGCCAUGGCUCCACAGAGCCCAGUCCAGGAGGAAGUGAGAUUCCAGACAGACCCCUGUGCCCAGAACCAGUCUGCCAUGGCUCCACAGAGCCCGGUCCAGGAGGAGGUGAAAUUCCAGACAGACCCCUGGGCUCAGAACCAGUCUGCCAUAACUCCACAGAGCCCGGUCCAGGAGGAGGUGAGGUUCCAGCCAGAUGAGCAGCAGGAGGACCUCCUCAUUCCCUCCUCUACAGCACCUCCUGCAUUCAGCAUGAUGUCUCAGCCCAUGGAUGACUUCACCUCAGAGUUCCGGGUCUCUCCCUCUCAGGACCAGGAGGAGGCAGUGGAGAAGGCGGAUGAGGAGAUCAACGAAGAUGAUGACGAUGAGGAGGAGGAGGAGGAGGAGGAGGAAGAGGAGAGGACGGUGGGCAAGCCGACAUCACUGUUUGACAUGAGUAGCUCUCAGCCCUCAGAGGAGGCCAAGCCUUCAGGCUUCGGUGGUGCCACCGGUUGGCAUGGGGAAGACCUCUUGUCAGGGAUGGACUCUGAGGAUGUGAGCAGCCGCCUGCAGGGGUCGUCAGAGAUGAGCAACACCCAGCACACGGCCCUGCUGGAGGGAACCGAGAGCUCCGACGCCCUGGUAGACUCCAGCCUCAAGGGCUCCGAGGGAGAAGGGGCCUUUAUGGGCUCCCCCAACGUGGAGACCCUGGCCAAUGAAGAUGAGGAGGAAGAUGAGGAGGAAGAUGAGGAGGAGGAGGAGGAGAAAGAUGAGGAGGAGGAAGAUGAGGAGGAUAGGAAGAUGUGCAAGCCGACGUCACUGUUUGACAUGAGUAGCUCUCAGCCCUCAGAGGAGGCCAAGCCUGCAGGCUUCGGUGGUGCCACCGGUUGGCAUGGGGAAGACCUCUUGUCAGGGAUGUACUCUGAGGAUGUGAGCAGCCGCCUGCAGGGGUCGUCAGAGAUGAGCAACACCCAGCACACGGCCCUGCUGGAGGGAACCGAGAGCUCCGACGCCCUGGUAGACUCCAGCCUCAAGGGCUCCGAGGGAGAAGGGGCCUUUAUGGGCUCCCCCAACGUGGAGACCCUGGCCAACGAUGAUGAUGAGGAGCGAGUUGAUGUUGAUGAUAUGGACGUGAGCUCAGAGCGGGCAAAGGACCACCGGAAGGUGCGUCAGCAGGAGGAUGAGGAGGAUGAUGAAGAUGUGGAGAUGCCCAGCGAAGGGGUGACUGAGAGUGGCCUGGAGAGCUGUGGGAACGCAGACGAGGACGACUACACAGAGGAGGACCGCUUGGAUAACCUCAACCGCUCGCCCAUCCCACCUUCCUCAGCCUGGGGUCAGACCAACCCCUUCACUGACCCCUGGGCCCAGCCCCCCCUCUCCUCCCCCCACACCGCCUCCAGCCCUCUGUCUGACCACGGGGCUGCCGACCCUGAGACGCCCACCCAGUCCUCUGCCCAGGCCUGGUUGGGUCUCAGUGCCCCCUCCCUGAUGCCCCAGUCAGAGCAGCCCUCAGAGCCCCAGUCUGCCCCUGAGGAGAUGGAGAGCUCCGCCCCAGUGGAGGCCUCUGCCCCCCCAGGGCCCCCUGCUGUGGGCAUGUCUCAGUCCAGCACCCUGAGCGGCACGGCCCUGGCCGUCCACAGCAGCAGUGAAACCAGCACGCCCGAGGAGCUCCGCGACUACGACAGCAGCUCCGGGGUGGAGUCACGCUCUGACAAGCAGCAGACCCCCGUGCCCUCCAAUGUGCAGCCCGACCUGGAGCAGGACUUGGGCAUCCAUCUGGAGCGAGGUGACGAGGAGGAGGAGGCUGAGACUCUCCCUGCUGAUGAGGUCCUGGGAGCAGGCCCUCCUACUGCCCCCGCCUCUGCCCCCUCCUCCCCCUCCACCUCGGUAGACGAGGCCAGCGACAUGGAGGGUGAGAUGCAGAUCAACGACCUAGAUGUCCCCAUCGCCAUGGAUGACAGCACUGAGUUCGACAGCCCACCGCCCUCCCGUAUCCUGCCUGCCCUGGAAGAGGACGAAGAGGUGGUGGAGGCGCCGGCCGGAGAAGGAGAGGAGGACGGGGGUGGCGGCACGCCCCAGUCUGCCAACUCGGUGGCGUCUUACGGCUUCGACUGCACCAUGUCCAACUCCAAUGCCCACUCCACGGCCGAGAGCUGCGGCAAGAGCCCAGGCAUCUUUUCCCUGGAGAACGAGGACCAGCUACCCGAGGAGGCCAAAGAUCCCUCCCUCAUCAAGGAGCUGACCCUGCCAGCAGCGGCCGCCCAGUCAGAGGACCUGCUGGGAGGCCCCGUAGACCUGCUGCCCCUGGGCCAGCCUGGGGACCAGCACCACUACAUGCUGGAGGGGAAGAUGGAGGCUGACGACCUGGAGGAGUCCAACACCCUGGAGGACGCCCUCCGCCUGGGGCCCCAGCAUGCCGGGGAGGCCAGCGAGGGCCAGCCACCCUACUACUCUGCCAUAUGCGAUAAGACUGAUAACUUUCUGGCAGGUAACGUAUAAGUCCCUCCCCCUGGAAUGCACCUUCUCCCUCGCACCCCUCCCCCUUACUUGUUGUUGUUAGUUUUUCUCUCCAGUUGGGUUAGAUGGUUUAGAAAAACAAGCAAAUGAUGGUAGGAGAAAAGAAAAGCAAGGGGAACGAAAAAGACUGUAGAUCAGUGAAGCCUCCCUCUUUCAUACUACUAUUAUGGUUAUGAAUGUAUGGCACUCCUUUAUGUACAAUAGCUACUAGCUACCAUUUUCUAUUAGAAUGUUCUUUUUAAGUAACACUGCAUACUCCAUAACCCCUGAGGGGGCAUUGACUGACUGGUCCGUUGUGACAAAGCUCUUAAAAGAAAAGGAGACAAAACGAGAAUGGACUCUACCUACAUGUGUAUUUAUCCUACUGUUUUUACCAAACAAAUGUCAAUUAUUUUUUUUGUACUUGUUUUGUUUGUUUUUUGUUGGAACCCAGUCCUCCCUACCCUAUGUACACACACUCCAGUUUGUCCUGCACCAUAGAGAUAGUCCUACUCUCUCUUUUUUAAAAGUUUGUCUUCCUUUUUCAAGACUUUACCAUUUUAGUAUCGAAUAAAGGCUAGAUAUUUAACAUGGCUUUCCUCCCCUUACAGUUUUGUUGAGGUCGGUAUGGGAGUGUUAGAUUGAAGUUUGUCUAGUUGUAAUUUGCGCUACAGGAAGUUUGCCUCUCCCUGCAUAGAUUAUCAUGGCAAGUAACGUUGUCAUGUACAGUGUGUUUUGAGGCAUCUGGUUUUAAGUGGUCAUGCUUCAUGCCUCUCUUAGUUGAUCAUUUGUGCUUCAGAACCAACUAACAACUAUUUGUGGAAAAAACUCUGCAUUCCUCUGCAUUUAGAAUGAUGCUCACUGAAAACGAUAUUCUCACUGAAACGCUUUUAGUGGUAUUGGAAAUUUCAACUUGCAUGUACUAACAUUUAAAUUGUAUCUGAUUAAACCAUUAUACACUAGGGAUGUUCAUAAAUGAAUGGUUCACACUAAGUAGGUUUUUCAAAAUUCCAUUAAACACCAUUGCAAGGCA